AGUAUCUGUGGCAGAGAUGAUUAAUUGCAUGGAGCAAAGUCUGAGGGGGAGUGAUUCCUGGAUUCUACCUCGUAAAAGAGCUAGCCCUGUAUGCUGGAUUAACUAUGUAUUAGCAUUGUAAUUAGCAGUGAGAUACGGAGGACUGGUUGUUUGAUUGUAGUGUUUCUGAAGUGUUGGUGGAAUCCUCUCUGUCUCAUGGAGUUCAGUGAGCUACAAAGACCGAGCUCCACUAUAGCCCACAGUUACCAUGGUGCCCAGCAGUUGGUGAGGUUACGGAGUAAGUCUGUAGUGUCCAAUCAGAAUGGCCCUCAGUUCAACUGGGGUUCUCCCCCCUCGGAGGGGGGAGAGGAGGGUGACUCGGGACCCCCUAAGGACCUCAGAGAGCGGCCUAUGACCAUGCGUCUGAAGAGAGCGAUACGGGAGGUGCAACAGAUGCGUGUGCCUGUGGUGACUACCUGGCAGUCGUGGAAAAGGAGCAAGGCCAAGUCCCUGAGCAGGUUCAGAACAGAUGCAGGGGGAGUCAUGUCCUACGUAGCUCUGUGGAGAAAGGCUCUGCAUAAGAUAGGAGGCCACUUUGGCGGUGGUGUCCAGUCCUACUUCAUAUUCCUGCGCUUCCUGGUGGUGCUCAACUUCCUGUCGUUCUUGCUGAUUGCUGGGUUCAUCCUCAUCCCCAGUAUCGUGUUCAGAUCCACCAGCACCAGUAACAUGACAGUGGACAGCACUGGUCCAGAGGUGUGUAAGGUCUAUGAUCCAAAUCUUCAAGGUCUGGUGGUGUUUUACCAGUACUUCCUGGACUUACUCUCUGGAACGGGUUUCAUGGAGUACUCCUACAUGUUCUAUGGUUACUAUAACAACACCGUGGCAGAGAGCAGUGGCUUCCACUACAACCUGCCCCUGGCCUACCUCCUCACCUCCGUCUUCUACUUCGCCUUCUGUCUCAUCUGCAUCAUCGCACGCAUGGGGAGCGCACUUCGCGUUGCUGUGGCAACAGGCAGCGGUGCUGCCGGCAGUUACAGCAAAAUGGUGUUCACUGGCUGGGACUACGGUUGCCAGGGAGACCGGGCCACCAAACUCAAACAGAAAAGCAUCCACUACCAGCUACAGGUGGACCUGGAGGAGGAGAGGCUACAGAAAAAGGCUUUGUCUCUAACCUUAGGUCAGACAGUGGGUCUGUGUUCUCUACGCAUCUUCCUCAUGCUUGUCUCCCUCGCCCUCAUAGGGGGAGCUUUCUUUGGCAUCUUCAAGGCUACUGUCUUCAGCCAGGUGCAGGUUGGAGCAGAGGGCAUUCUGGGCCUGUUCUGGGUUUACCUUCCUUCCAUCGUCAUCACAACAGGAAACUUUGUUGUGCCCUUCAUGUGUGACCAGAUAGCCUUGUUUGAGAGAUAUUCUCCUAGUACCACCAUCAUCAUGGCACUGUUCAGGUCAGUGUUUCUGCGUAUGAUAAGUCUGGGAGUGCUGCUGUUUACUCUGUGGAGUCAGAUCACCUGCUUUAAAGACAGUCCAAAAUGUGAGCUCUGCCAGUACAACAACAAGGAAUAUCCGUGCUGGGAGACGCGUGUGGGACAGGAGAUGUACAAACUGGCCUUGUUUGACUUCCUCAUUACCAUCGCCAUGCUUAUCCUGGUGGAGUUUCCACGCAGGUUGUUUGUGGACCACUACUCCUGUGUACUGACCCGGUGGGUAGGUCGUCAGGAGUUCUUGGUGCCUCCCAAUGUGCUGGGUCUGGUCUACGGUCAGACAGUGGUGUGGACUGGAGCUCUGUUCUGCCCUCUGCUGCCUCUCAUCAACACACUCAAGUUCUUCAUCCUCUUCUACUGCAAGAAGGUCACUCUGUUUUCUAACUGUCGUCCGGCGGUGAAGACGUUCCGCUCCACCACCUCCACCAUCUUCUUCCUGGUGGUGUUGCUGUUUGGCUGGGGCCUCGCCCUCGUCGCCAUGAUCUACAGCCUGGCCCAGAUCCAUCCCUCUAUGAGCUGUGGUCCGUUCCGCUCUCUCACUAUGAUGUGGAGUAUCGUUCCCAACACCUUCUACACUCUCUCCCUGACAACACAGGACUUCAUCUUCUACAUGGGCUCCCAGGCCUUCUCCAUCCCUCUCUUCAUCUUCUCUUGUGUGGUGCUGUGUUACGUAGCAGCUCUAGCCGCAGUCUAUGGGAAGAGUGUUGAUCUGCUAAAGGCCCAGCUUAAACUGGAGGGACGUGAUAAGCAGUUCCUGGUCAAGCAGAUUGAAGAGCUGAGUAGAGAGAUGGGGGUUCCAACAAGGGACCAAUUGGACACUGGUGCAGCAAACUGACUCAGGCACCAGGCUCAAACCCACCGCCCAUAUCCCGGCCCAAGGCACUUUUUGUAGAUUUUAAAAGCUUAGAUAGGUUUUGCAUGUGGCAAUAGCACAAAGCACAUAUCUACACCUUCACAAAUCACUUUACAUUAAUUGUGACAAUUAUUGUCACUCUCUAGUGUAGGAUAGCUACGUUUGAGGAAAAGUUUUACUUAUGAUUGAGUGGUGGUUGUCUCACCUAGCUACGGUAUCUUAAGAUGAAUGAACCAACUGUAAGUCACUCUGGAUAAGAGCUUCUGCUAAAUGACGAAUCUAAAUGUGGAGACUUCCAUGGGGCUAAGGGUUAGUAUAUUAAAGAUUUAGUUUGUUACCCCA